AUGGAGGGGUCCUGGAGCCACUAUCUCUCGACGAACAUCGGUAUAUUCGUCAACAAUUUAGAAGGCGCCCCGAGUCUUACUCAUCGUCAACCGGAUACCUGUCCUGAGGACUCCAGCCGCCCGAACCCCGAAAUCCUCGAUAUAGCAAUGUUAUAUCGUGUCGUUGCGUCCGAACAACAUCGCAAGAAUAUUUCACGUGACCUGUUCAAAAAUGGUCUCGUCAGAUCGAUAAUGGUCAAGUCAGCGGUCCUUGAUUCCUCUUUCUCUUGGUUGAAGCCGCGAAGUAUUCGUACUUCCUCGUACGCUAUUCUCUAUCUCAAGGGAAAUGCGUUGGUCUCGGAUGACCCAGACCCGGUUGGAGCAGCCGCGCUUUCAGGUCUCUUAUGGGAAACCGGCACAGCGCUUCGCGUCCUCUUUCUGGAAGGAAGCAAAUUCGUCAAAGAGAAAGUCCAGUUCUAUGCUCGAAUAUGGGAGAAGCAUGCCAACAUAAAGUUCGUGUUCAUCGAUUCUGGACCGUCGGAUAUUCGGAUUGCUUUUCGGAAAGGUGAAGGAUCCAAUUCAUACAUUGGCAGGCAAAAUCUUCAAAUCCCAGAAGACCAGGCAACUAUGAAUCUAGGCUGGUUUGACGAGUCAACUCCAGACACAGAGUUCUCUCGCACCACUCUUCAUGAAUUUGGCCACGCCUUAGGUCUUGUUCAUGAGCACAUGAGCCCAGCCGCGGACAUCCUGUGGGACAAACCAGCCGUCUACCAGUACUACAUGGCCGAGCCGAAUAAUUGGACGAAAGAAGAAGUUGACCAUAACGUACUCGAUAAAUACAGUCCUAGCGUCACGCAGUUUACCGAAUUCGAUCCAGACAGCAACUUGUGUUAUGACAUCUGCAAGGAGCACACCCUUAAUGGACUUGCGACGUCCCCUAACGCGGUCCUAUCGGAUUUAGACAAAGAAUUUAUCGGACAGGUUUAUCCUUUCAAGCCUGCCGCAAAGGUACAUAUACAGAACGAUGAGACCAUUGGCUGCCAGGUAAUAAAUUAA